UUCCACGUCCGGUACCUAGCGGCGAAGUAGCGGCAGCGUCCCACGGCGAAGCAUUCUUCUUCGGCCUUCCACUGUGACAAGCAGCAAGGCCCGGGCGGCGGAAUCUGGGCAAAAAAGUGGUAGUGGGGAUUUCGACUCCAAGCGAAUCAAGCCGCUCCAUUUUGUUUCUUCUUGCUGUUUCUCUACCUAGAGGUACUCAAGUUUUCGUUGUGUGCAUUCGUGAUCAACACUUGCUGAACCCACUCGUCGAUCUUUCAUUGAUGAGAUCAUUUCCGUCCUUCAGAUAUCAUGUUGAAUGAUGAUUUGAUAUCCAGAAGAAAACAUGGAAUCCUCUACAAGUUUGAUAGAUAAAAUUUAUAGCUCCUUUUCUGGCGGAUUACAUUUUCUACAGCCAGUAUCAUCACUAAGGACUAGUGAAGUUGAUCUAGUGAAAGGAGUGUUGCACAUAUUACAGGGUUUCUCUAGUUCUUUAUUUUAUUGGGAUGAUACAAGAGAUCAAUUUUUCCCUAUAAAGGGAAUAUUUGUUACCCACCUAUCGCAGACAAGUCUUCAUCUCAUCCUCAAUCAAUUUGCUUAUGCUGCAACAUGUUUAAAACUAGUUGAAAUCAUCAUCAAUAAGGUCGAGAAAUCUGCGAGAGCUCCUCCACUCACACUGAGGGCAUUUGUAUCCUCUAUCUCUACCUGGCUUAGAAUGCUACGUGAUGAUGCUCUAGAAGAGGAGAGUAAAAUAAACAACUCAAACAUUGGAACUUCUCCAACUCUUCUAGGACUUUCAAAUUCUUUUUCAGAUCUGUGUGCAGGAGCUGAAUAUCUUCUACAGAUAGUGCAUGGAGCACUCCCAAAAGCCUGCAUUGAACAAGAUCCUGCCAUAUCUUCUGCUGAUAUUGCUGUGCAUAUUCUCAACCAUCUCUAUAACAAGUUGAAUGAAGUUUGUCUUUUGCAAGGGGAGGGUGCAUAUCGAAUGACACUACAUAUAUUUGUUGGGAGUCUUUUGCCAUAUAUAGAAAGUCUCGAUUCAUGGAUUUUUGAUGGAACACUUGAUGAUCCUUUCGAGGAGAUGUUUUUUUAUGAUAACAAAGCAGUCACAGUUAAUGAGGCAGAGUUUUGGGAGAAAAGCUAUUUGCUUAGAUCAAAAAAUUCUGAGAAGUUUGAUGUGCUUUGUGAUUCUUUAUCUUCAACCAGGGCGAGAAAAGAUAUGUCCAUUCGAACACCAGCCUCAUCUGUUCAAGUCAAAGCGAAAGAAACAGGAGGGACUGGUUAUGCAUGUCCCUUGUUCAUGAAAGGCAUAUCAAGGACAAUUCUCUCUGCUGGAAAGUCUUUGCAGCUAAUCCACUAUGCUCCUUGUAUGUCCAUGUUAAAACCUGUCAGUGGUGAAGGGAGUACACAGUGUGCCUCUAGGGGGUUAACCUUGUCAGAGAUAUUUUGCAUCUCAUUAUCAGCACUUAUUGGUUAUGGGGAUCACAUCUCCGAAUACUUUAAACUGGAAAGCGAAAUUCGUCCAUCAUUUGAAUCAUUUAAUCAAGAAAUUGAGAAGAACAAGUCUUUAGAUAUGCUGAUGAGCUCCAAUAAAGAAUGGUAUAAGCUGUUGCGACAUUCAAUUUCACAUAAGAGAAAGGAAUCCAAUAAUAAUGAUAAUGCAGAUAGUAUUGAUCUGAAAGGGGAGAAGGUAAUGUUAAAGAGAGUAGAUGAACUUCAGAGAACAUUUUUGCCUGAAAAUCCAGCAAUGACUGUGAGCCAAGACUUUCUUCUUAGAAAACAAGAUUAUUGGGAUGCUUUGAAUUUAUCUAAAAACUUCUUCCUGCCCUCUUUAAGUGACGAUGGAUUAAGAACUGCUGUAUUUAGUGAAAAUGUUGAAUCGUCCCUGAUUUCAAAACAUACAAACUGCAUCUAUGGUUCCCAGUUUGGUGAAUCUGAACGUAUUCGACUGGAAGAAGAUUCUAAGUUUCUUGAAGAGGUGUUUCCUUUUCCAACUCUUCUUCCACCCUUCCAGGAAAACCUUCAACUUUCUGAGGUUUUACCUUUCCAGAAAAAUAGCACUCUCCCAUCAAGAACUCUAAGGUGGAUUAGGAACAUUGAGCCAAAAUGCACUCCACUUCCUGUGGUUAUAUUACAAGAAUGCCUCAUCAAUUUUGUCAAGAAACAGGCUAAUUGUAUUGGCAGGAAUGUAUUAUCAAAGUUACUUUGUGAUUGGAGACUUUUAGAUGAACUGGCCGUCUUACGUGCUAUAUACUUGUUAGGUUCAGGUGAUCUGUUGCAGCACUUCUUGACAACGAUUUUCGAUAAGUUAGACAAAGGAGAACCUUUGGAUGAUGAAUUUGAUUUGAACAUGAUAUUACAGGAGUCAAUCCGCAACUCUGCUGAUGUCAUACUGCUAAAUACACCAGAUUCUCUGGUUGUGUCCAUCUCAAGAAAUACUGCUAAGACUGAGGACAGAAAAACUAAUUUAGGGCUUCCCACUUUAACCCCCCAUAUAAGUCGAGGUCAGAACAUUGGCAUUGAUAGCCUUGAUUCACUAACAUUCAAAUAUAAGGUCUCUUGGCCACUUGAACUUAUUGCUGAUAUAGAGGCAAUAAAAAAAUACAACCGGGUGAUAAGGUUCUUAAUGAAGAUAAGACGGGCAAAAUUUGUGCUUGACAAAGUGCGACGAUGGAUGUUGAAGGAUAGAAAAACUGCAACAGCCAAUCGCAAGCGUCACUGGUUAUUGGAACAAAAACUUCUCCAUUUUGUUGAUGCCUUUCACCAAUAUGUGAUGGACAGAGUAUAUCACAAUGCGUGGAGGGAACUAUGUGAAGGCAUGGCGGCAGCAUCAUCAUUGGAUGAAGUCAUUGAAGCGCAUGAGGCGUACUUGUCAUCUAUACAGAGGCAAUGCUUUGUAGUUCCAGACAAACUCUGGGCAUUGAUUGCUAGUCGUAUCAACACAAUCCUCAGACUCGCUCUGGAUUUCUACAGCAUACAGCAGACUUUGAACAACGGCGGGAGUGGUUCUGCUAUCAAGACAAGAUGUGAGAUGGAAGCUGAUAGAAUUGAGCAGCAGUUUGAUGACUGCAUAGCAUUCCUUCUAAGGGUUCUGUCUUUCAAGAUCAACGUGGGCCAGUUCCCUCAUUUGGCUGAUUUGGUUACUAGAAUCAAUUGCAGCUACUACUAUAUGUCUGAUAAUGGAACACUGGCAAGUACAUCUUCCAUGGCAGAAAAAGUCUUUCAAGUCAAGAAAGAAUAAAAUAAGCAAAGAGGGGUUUGUGAAGACUCUCUUGCUGAGAUAGUGGUGGGUGCUGAAGGGUUCAUGGUUUGUUCUCCUUUGUAGAGAACACCGUAUCGCGUCAUCUUUAUAUCUCUCAAGAACCUACUUGCAACGACAUGCCGAAAUGUGAUUUCCGUCUGCCGAAACUAUUUCUUGUAGAUAUAGAACUGGAAAAGCAAGCAUGAGUGUUGCUAUUUGUUAACCUUUAUGAGCCAUAGGGCAGGUUCAUCAAAAUUUUCAAAAACCCAUAGUUAAAGCACGAGUGUUGUUAUUUG